UAGAGGACUGCCAUUUUGAUGGGCAGUGGGAGGGAGAGGGAGAAAGCUGGUCCAUGGAUGUGAGGAUGUGUGGCUUCUCUGCAGGUGAAGACUCCAUCAGCACGUUGGGCAUGAUCCUUGGAGUGGGGCUGUCACUGCUGCUCGUGUCCAUCCUUGGCUACAGCUUGGCUAAGUGGUACCAGCGCGGGUACUGCUGGGACGGGCCUAAUUUUGUCUUCAACUUAUACCAAAUCCGGAACCUGAAGGACUUGGAAGUGGGACCACCCUUCACCAUCAGUGGCCACAUGAGCAGUCCAGAUGGCGGCUACAUGAAGUUCUCCAAUGAAAGAGCCUGAUGGAGAGGCAUCUAGCUUCCGGAGAUCAGGAGAGGU